GGUACUGUGCUGUUACUCUCAGUAGUAAGUAUAGCUUUAGUCCUGCAGCUUAAGCAAACGACACACGCAAAGCAAACGUGGUGGUAGCUUGGGCCAAUUUCUAUUUCAUGCAAAAUUAGGCCAUGUGCGGAAAGCACUUCCAUAUGUCCUUACUGCGGGAGGCAGAUUUUUGUUGUCCUGUUUUUAUAGGCAUUUUCUUUUUGUAGAAUUGCGUGCGUUAAACGCUACAGCUGGCUGAGCCAGAUGACAUCAAAACGUGCGAAGAAACUGAGUCAAGGCAACACUGUUCCCUCAAAAUGGCUUGUCAGGAGCGCUGUAAAAUCUUUCGUUUUCGUUCGUCAGGUGAGGCGUCGUGAGGAAUAUGCUGCUACCGCUCCUCUUCGUCGCGCUGGUCGCGGCGGAGUGGGGUAACUCAGCGCGCUACUAUUACAAGUCGACGAAAAAGGAGGACUUCCUCAUCGGAGCGCUAUUUCCCAUCCAUCGCCCCCCGUACACCAAUGAGGACACCUCCAGUAGCUGCGGUGAAAUCUGGGAACUGCCGGGCAUCCAGCGAUUCGAGGCCGCGCUGCAGACCGUGGACGACAUCAACUCGCGGCCGGACCUGCUGCCCAAUUCCACGCUCGGCAUCCAGGUGCGUGACAGCUGCCAGUACACGGCCAUCGCGCUCGAACAAGUCUCCCAUAUGAUCCGGCGAUCGGCGUGGUCCAAGAUCGAGUACCACGAGGAACCGCACCCGUACCACCGGCCCGCACCCGAAGAGGACGUCAUGCACGCCGCGCGGUGCGAAGACACGACUCCGGAGAGAAACAUGGUGGCCUUGGUCGGCCCGCUGCUAGAAGGCGGCGCGAUCGACGUGCACAGCCUGAUGAGCCUCUUCAAGAUUCCUGUGGUCGGCUACGCGUUCGACGGGCUGGAGCCCGACUUGAGUUCGACGCAGGGCUACUACAUCAGCGUGGCGCCCUCGAAUGAGUCGACGCAGGCACGAGCCAUGGCCGACCUGGUGACAUACUUCAACUGGACCUACGUCUCUACAGUCUUCACCAACGAUGUUGCAAACGAAGCCGCCUUGGCAGAGUUUAUGGUGGUGUCCAAGGACCGAGGCGUGUGCAUCGCCCAAUUUUUGGCGCUGAGCUCCAGCGCGACCAACACGGAGUACUACGAGGCGAUAGCCAACCUGCAGAAAUACGAGAGCAGCCGAGUGGUGGUGUGCUUCUGCACCUCCGUCACCGUGGUCAGGCUGCUCAGCGCCAUACGCGACACGAACGUCACGGGACGCUUCACGCUCGUCGUAAGUGAAUCAUGGAUGGCGGACAUGGAACUUCUGACGGGCUUCGAAGAACAAGUUGCCGGUAGUCUGGCUUUCCGCAAUCACGCAGAGCCAGACGAUAUGUUCAAGGCAUACUACACGAGCCUCAACCCAGGCAACAACGUCAGAAACCCAUGGUUUCCCGAGUUCUGGGAAACUAAGUUCCAGUGUUCACUUGGCCGUCAAGGUGGUACUGCUGGAAAGUAUGAGCGGGAAUGCACAGGGAAGGAGUCGCUGAGUGAUGGCUAUGAGCAAGACGCACAAAUUGACGGAGUCCAAAGUGCCAUCUACCUGGUCGCUCGGGCACUGCACAACAUGUUGCAAGACUACUGCCAAACGAGCAUCGACAAGAAUUGCUAUCGGCACAUCCACGUCAACGGCGACCAGUUUUUCGAAUACCUCGAAGACGCGUCCCCUGUGUACCAGCGAAGCAUACCUGAGCUCAAUAAAGAACGCAGUGCGACCCCGUGGUACGACGUGGUUAAUUUCGUCAAGUCCGAGGACGGAAAAUACGGCAUCAAGACCGUCGCGUCGUGGUCUGAUAACCAGCUCACGGUGCUCAAGACGCCCGAGUGGAACGCACAGGGCAGCACCGAGGUUCCCGUGUCUGAAUGUGGAAGGCCGUGUCCACUUGGACACGUCAAGGUCCACGAAUCGAUCACAAACCCGUGUUGCUGGAAAUGCAUACAGUGCGCCGACAACCAGUACGUGGUGGACGAUUACAUCUGCGCCCAGUGCAAGCAGGGAACGUGGCCGAACGAGAACAUGGAUGGUUGUGACUCGAUCCCUCAGAAGUACGCACAGUGGACCGAGACCGCGUCCAUAAUGGUCUUGGUCAUCUCCGUCCUGUCCAUUACAAACACCGUCUGCACGACGGCCAUCUUCAUCCGGUACGCCCGCUCGCCCAUCGUCAAGACGACGUCGCGAGCGCUGUCGUUCCUCGUGCUGGCGGGUGUCCUGCUCAGCGAGGCGGGUACCUUCGCCGUCGUCUCGAAGCCUUCCGUGACGUCCUGCCUCCUCGAGCGACUCUGUCCCGUGCUGGGGGUGGCCACGGUGUACGCCGCCAUCUUCGCCAAGACCUACCGGCUCUGCCGCGUCCUGUCGUUGGCCGACAGGCAGGGCUUCCCUGCGGCCGUCAACGCGCGAGUCGUGAGCAGCGGAACGCAGCUGGCCAUUGCGGGUGGCCUGGUCGCCCUGCAGUUCUUCACCACGGCCGCCAUGCUCGCCUUCCAAAGACCGGGAACCGUACAAAUCUACCCGGCACCGAAUCGUUCUGUUCUCAUCUGCGACUCGACCGACCUCGCCCAUUUCCUGCCGUGGGGUUACAACUUCCUCCUGAUGGCCCUGUGCACGGUGUGCGCCUUCAAAGUCAGGAAUCUUCAGACCAGCUUCAACGAGGCCAAGAUGAUCGGUUUCGCGAUGUACGCGACGGCGAUCACAUGGGUCGCUUACCUGGCCGUGUACGUCGGCAGCGAGAACAACCGAAAGUUGUCGCUCUGCCUCGCCAUAAGCGCGUCCUCUCAAGUGCUCGUCGCGCUCCUCUUCCUGACCAAGAUAUACGCCCUCCUCUCCGAGCCCGUGAAGAACGCCUGCUGCUCCGUGCUCGGCGCUCGACCAGAAGCAGCCAGCACUGUCUCGAUAGUCCAGGAGCUCGGACGUGAGGGCCCGCAGAGCUCCACCGGGUCGCUCGAGAGUUUGGCUCAAGAUAAAAUAAACUGAUGCGUUCUGUGCCCGUGCGUAAGCGUAUCAUGGUGGCAGCUUCGUAAUAACACGCGCUGCCGCGUCACUUUCUUCAUUUUCUUGUUCGCCUGACUCUUGCCUAUUUGUCCAAGUACAGCAGAGAUUUUCAAAAAGGAACGUAAAGUUCAAAGUAUGAGGGUUAUCGACUUCUCCUCCAGUAUAUUCCUUCUUUUUUUUUUUAUUCGGGCAGUUUACUAUGCGCCAUAUGUAACAAAACGAAAGGGUGCACACCCUCGUCUUAUAGAAACAGCAGCAACAACUUCAGAGUUAUAGAACUUGUCUAACUGAGAGCUAUGUGUAUUGUCUUUCAGAUUAUAAGUGCCGUUCUGGUCGAUAAUUUACUAAAUACAAAAUAAAUCAGCUGCAUAAGAAUUCAGUGUAAUGAGAUCCUUGUGAGAAACUUAUUCGUCUCAGUGAAACACGAUGCACGUUAUAUGGUCAUCUGCGUUAUUUUCCUAGCAUUUAAAACUGUCGUCUUCAGAGAGUUCAACGCUUACAACUCCAACUGUGCACUUGUAUCGCCCGCUCUGUUUAUGAGGUCAUCACGAAAAGAAAAUAAA